GUUAAUGGACUUUACUUAGAGGACUUAAAAGUUAGUAAGGAUUUAUGUGGUUCAUAUUUUUCUCACAAUGAUGUUAAAAAAAUGAUGAAAAGAAAGAUCUGAAAUAUAAAAUAUUAAGCAUGUCUUUAUAUUUUACGGAUAUUGCUGGAAAUUAAUUUUACCCAAGGAAAUCAUUAUUUUCUAUUAAGCUUAGAACUAUUGUUCUCACUGUAAUAUUUUGGGCUGGUAAACAGAAAGGGAAUCGUUUCCUGCACCACCAUUGUUUUCUUUUCUGCACCCUAAUACUCCCAAAAAUUAUUUUCCGGAAUACAAAAACAGUUUGGGUUUUUUUAAAUUGAAUCGAACAUGAUAACUUCCUCUUUUUAAAUUUUCUGCGGAAUUUCGAAAUAGUAAAAAAAUUCUGCCUCCAUUGCCAGUUAAUUAGAAAGAAGACUAAUUGCACAUUGUUUACUAUAAUUAUGAAUUUUUAAAAUCAAAAGUGCACAAAAUAGUAUUUAUAGCGCCCUAAUACACUAUUUGUGGCCAGUACACUCUAUUAUAAUAUAUAAAUCAAACUACACAACCAUGUCACUUUUUCCAUGUCAACCUUUAAUUUAUGUAUCAAUUUCUUUGCAUUCCCAUUUUCUACCACAUCCCUCCUCUAUGUUGUACUCAAUCCAUCUCCUAUUACCUCAGCUAUAUAUUUUUUUUUAUUUGAAUUUUUUGCCUCAGGUAAAUUUCGUACCUAGAGGAACACCGUUCUUUCAUUGUGAAAUCAAGUUUUUGAUACUCAGACCAUGGAAUUUAAAUGAUCCUUCCUUCCUCUAUAUCAUUCCCCACUUCCAUUCCCAUUUCAUACAAGUUCACUUUCGACAAAACAACUUUGUAAAAGGCUUUUCAAAUACGUAGGUUGGAUGUUAGAUCAUGCUUUCUCUUGAAUAUGUGCCUAAUAGUUACGAGGGAAGGUUCCAUGAACUACAAAUGCGUUUCACUAAUACAACAGGAAGAUGGUAUUAAGAAAGUAGACAUCUAAAACGUAGUAUUUGGUCCAUUUGGGAGCAUAACUCAAUCAAUCAAUGAUGAAUUUCGGCAUCAAAGUAGUUCAUAAGAUAUGCCGGCAUCACGUCACAUCUAAAUGGUGGAACGGCCACGUGGUUCCUUUUUUCAAUAAUGCCAAGACUUGUGCAUCUAAAUUACAUUACUUUUUCUUUUUCUUCCAACUUGUUCCUCUCUAUCAUUCUACUCCUCCCAACUCAUCUCUUGUUUCAUGUCAACCAUUCUUAUCAUCAUCAUCGGGGUCUUUUUUGUGAUAUUCUGUAUAUUGAUAUGGCUACAACCCAAAUACCCCCCAGGAGUGCUUACUCCAGAGUCACGAUUUAUGACACUUGCUAUGGAUAGAUUUUUGAAUGAUAUGGAAAGGGAGAAGCCAAUCAGGUUCACUGACCAACAUCUAAGAAUUGCAACUGAUAACUACUCUUACUUGUUGGGGUCAGGAGGUUUUGGAUCAGUCUAUAAGGGAAUUUUUAGCGAUGGAACCAUUGUGGCUGUGAAGGUUCUGCAUGGGCGUUCAGACAAGAGAAACGAGGAGCAGUUUAUGGCUGAAGUGGGAACAAUUGGCAAAAUUCAUCACUUCAAUCUGGUUCGGCUAUAUGGGUUUUGCUUCGAGAGAAACUUGAUAGCACUGGUUUAUGAAUACAUGGGAAAUGGUUCUCUUGACAAGUAUCUUUUUAACCAAAACAAUGUCAUAGGAUUUGAAAGGCUUCAUGAGGUUGCAGUUGGGACAGCCAAAGGCAUUGCUUAUUUGCAUGAAGAGUGCCAACAAAGAAUAAUACAUUAUGACAUCAAACCAGGAAAUAUUCUAUUGGAUGGAAGCUUCAAUCCUAAAGUAGCUGAUUUUGGUUUAGCCAGGCUUUGCAAUAGGGAAAAUACUCAUCUAACCAUGACAAGGGGAAGGGGAACUCCUGGUUAUGCUGCACCUGAACUCUGGAUGCCAAAUUUUCCUGUGACUCACAAGUGUGAUGUUUACAGCUUUGGAAUGCUGUUGUUUGAGAUCAUAGGAAGGAGGAGAAACCUUGAUGUUGAAGUUGUUGAAAGUCAGGAGUGGUUUCCAAUGUUUGUAUGGAAAACAAUUGAUGGUGGAGAGUUGGAGGAGUUGAUAACAGCAUGUGGGAUAGAGGAGAAAGAUGGGGAGAUAGCUCAGAGAAUGGUUAAUGUUGCUCUGUCGUGUGUUCAGUAUAGGCCUCAUUCAAGGCCUUUGAUGAGUGAUGUGGUAAAAAUGUUGGAAGGUUCAGUGGAAGUUCCAAAACCUUUGAACCCAUUUCAGCAAUUUAUGGAUGGGAAUUUCCCUGCUCAUACAACAGAUACUGGUGGCUCUUCUGUUGUUGUAACUGACUCUAGCAUUGUACAUGCUACUACUUGAUGGAGCAUUUCAUAGGUUAAACGAUGUGUAAAAUAUUUUCCUUUCUUCUUCUUUAUUAUGUUGAAAAUAACUGUCCAUAAUGUUCUUUUCAAUUUGCCUCUGAACUUUUUAUGAAUGAACUGCUAUGUAUGUAUACAAGUGAAGCAAACUGUUAGCCUUUUCUCCAUGCAAAUGUGAGAAUUUCUUUUUUGGCAACUCGUAGUACACCUGCUAAUGGAUGAAUGUCCUCUGACCCUACAUAUCAUAACAAUCAAACUUUGAAACAGUUUCCCAGUUUAUUUAGUUCUUAUCGUUCCAAUAACAUUAGCU